AUGUUUCUCAAUAGUCCGUUUUUGUUCAGCUAGAUUGAAAUGUUUAUAUAAUAAAAUAGGGGCCACAUUUAUAUAGGUACAUACCUAUUACGAACAAAACAACAAAAGGUGGGACAGACAAUGUAAAAAUAAAAGGGAGUGCUCGUGGAGCCGCGGGGCGGGGCGCGUCCUGCGCGAGCGCAGCGCGGCAUCAGCGGCAAUGGCAUCGUGCGGCCAGUGCGGCGCGCGCGGUCGCGGAGAGCAGACGUGUGACGUGUGACUGUGAGACAUGAUGCUGCACGACGCCUGGCGCGCGGCCGCUUUCAAGCCGGAGCCCUUCGAGCUGGAGGCCUUCAUCGCCGAAAUCAACAACAACCACUACCGGAAAGAGGGCGAGGCGGAGCUGAGCGCGGACGCGGACAGCGCGGCCGACGACGCUGUGGACGGGGCGGCGGCGGGCGGCGCGGGGGAAGGGGACAGCCCGCCCCCCCUACCGGCGUUCGGCUACGCCCACCCGCACGCGCGCGACCUGUCGCCAUCCCACUCGCGCAGCUACCAGGAGCUGCGGCCGGCACACGCGCGCGACAUGCAGGCGUACGCGCACCUCGAAGACGUGUUCAAGCCGGCGGGCGGCGCGGGCUCCACGGACGGCGCCUACCUGCGGCGCAGCCCGGCGCGCUCGCCGGCGGACGCGCGCGGCGCCGACUACCGCCUGCACUACGAGUACCCGCCGCCGCCGCCGCCCUACCACCACGACCCCCACGAGCCGCACGACCAGCACGACCACCAUGACCACCACGACCAUCACGACCACCACGCUGCCGACGACGGCGGCGAGGGCGGCGCGGUGUACUCGCGCUGCGCGUACUCGCCCUACUUCAACCCCGAGCUGGUGCCGCCGCAGAUCUGGACGCCGAGCACAGGCGGGUCCCCGACGUACGGCAGCACGGCGGGCGCGGUGCUGGCGGAGGAGUUCAGCGACGCGGGGGCCGUAGCGGGCGCGGGGGCGGGCGCGGGCGCGGGCGCGGGCGCGGACGGGUCGCUGGGCGCGGCGGGCGGGGCGCUGCCGGCCUUCAGCGCGCGGUUCGGCGGCGCCUUCGCCUGCGCCACCAGCCGCCCCUCCACCGUGUACGGCGCCUCCGCGCUCGCCGCCAACGCAUACUCGCACCAGGAGGUGUGGGGCCUGGACGGGUCGCGGCGGCCGCAGCUGUCAGCCGCCGCUAGUCUCUCUGCCAUGGAGAUGGCGGAGUUUUUCACGGAGGGGCGCGAGUGUGUCAACUGCGGCGCCGUGCAGACGCCGCUGUGGCGCCGCGACGGCACCGGCCACUACCUGUGCAACGCGUGCGGCCUCUACAACAAGAUGAACGGCAUGAACCGGCCGCUGAAGCAGCCGCGGCGGCUGGUACGUCAGCGCCACGCCGCGCACGCGCUCGCCGCCGCCCACGACCUGGGCGCGCGCAAGCCGGGCAUGUCGUGCAGCAACUGCCAGACCACGACCACGUCGCUGUGGCGCCGCAACGCGCACGGCGAGACCGUCUGCAACGCCUGCGGGCUCUACUUCAAGCUGCACAACAUCAACCGGCCCAUGGCCAUGAAGAAAGACUCCAUACAGACCCGGAAGCGUAAACCUAAGAACAGCAUCAAGUCGGAGCGCAGCAUGGGUAAAAGCUCGGCGCACCCCACGCACGCGUCCCACGCGACGCACGCGUCACACGCGUCACACGCGUCGCAUUCGCCCGCUACGGUCAAGCUCGAUUCCUUGCUGGAGGGCGGCGGCGCAGGCCCGGGCGCUCGCGCGGCCCUAGGCUACUACCCGGCGCCGCACGCGCUGAAGCUGGAGGAGCCACCGCCGGCGCACGCGCACGCGCACGCCGCGCACGCAGCGCAUGCGCACUCGCACUCGCACGCGCACGCGCUCUACGACGAGAGCGAGUUUCGGCGCGCAGAGCCGGCCGAGCGGCUCGAGCGGCCCACCGUCGUGUCGCUGGGCAGCUGAGCGCCGCCGCCGCCACAUGUGGGUCGGUAGGGGCAUUUGGCUGGUGCUCGGCGACCGGAAGGACCUAUACGGUUAUUUGAAUCGUCAUAAUAAUUUAGGCAUAUAAUAAUUGGAUGGAUAUAAUGUUGUAAUACGUACGCUCGCCCGGUCGCCGGCGACGCGCCGGCGCGGUCCGCUCGCGAGGCCGCCACGGAAUAAUAUUAUAGAAUCUCAGUUGAGUAAGUUAGUUAUUUAAUUAGCUUAGGGUAGAGUGAGCGAGGUCGGCCAAAGAGUCGUUGCUAGUUGACCAAAUAUGAAGCAUUGCAACGGAGGCGCGCCCGCGGCGGCGCCCUCCGCGCGUUACCAAAUAUUCGUACUGUUCACUAUGAGACUGCACAACAUUCCUAGCGUGUUGCAUUCCUACGUCAUACUUGAUGCCAGCACUUGUUAGUUUAAGUUAAUCCGGAGAGGCUGUUUCCACUGUUGAAUAUUAUUUUAAUUUAAGACAAUUGUGUGUUUAUAUAUUGUACGAGUUAUGUUUAGUGUCCUACUCCAUGACUUGCAGACGCAUUCCAACAUGUUAGUUAAUUUUUUACGUUAAGUUCACUUAGUGGUAGUUCUUGAUGCCAGUAGAUCUGAGACUCUCUCUGAAGUCCUCGCUAAGCCGAAUUAUAUUAAUUUAUGAAUUAAUAGUUUUUAACUCAUCGUAUUGCAUUCCGCCACCUGAUACUAGCACUAGGUUCGUGUUAGGGCAGCAACUACGAUAGUUCCUUGAACUCUGCUCAAAAGUAAUGUCACAAAUGUUGUCUCGCGCAGUUCCUGAGUCUGAUAUUGGUGUACAACUAACGUGGUAUAUAUUGUUUGUAACAAGCAUGAAUCUCAGUGGGGGGUGGGGGGUGGACGGUGGGCGCGUGACGUCACAGCCCGCGCUGCCACUGCUCUGCUAUAAUAACAUAUUUUUUACGGAUUUAUUAUUGUACAAGUUAAUGUUAUAUAAUUAUCAUAUAGGUACGAUUCUAUGAAAAUAAAAAGCUCGAAAUGCUAAGAUUGUAUAAAUGAAUUGUAUUUUGGAGUGUUUAUUAUUAAAAUUAUUGCUCAUAUUGAUGAAACAUGUGAAGAUAUAUUUUAUUGACGAAUUUACGCCAAAUAUUUAACGUAGAUGAUAUUUACAUAAAAUGGCAGCGCGAGCGCCGGUCGUACUUAUAUUGUCUAUAAACAAAUCGAUUAUGACUUCAUUGUAAUCGCAACUCAUGUCACCGUGCACAGCUAAAGGUAGGCAGAUACCUACAUAUUAUUACUUUUGAAUGAAUUUACAUUUCUGUAUAAUAUUUCGUCACAAAGAAGUGCAAUCCGCAAUAAUAGCGCAUAAAGUCAUGUCUGGCGCGACAUUGCGCCACGCGGGACGUGCGCACCGUGCCUGCGCCGCGCACUCGCACACACACAGACACACACACACAUAUAACGCAUUCAUCCAGGAAUGUCGAAAUGUUUCAUAAGUCCGCCCGCGCCAGCGCACGCUCGCACGCAUACAGCGUGAUGUUCUUUGUAUAAAUAUAUAAAUUACCUAAGCAAUCAGAAGUACAUUUUUGAAUAAAUGAAAUAUUAUAUUACAA